GGGCAGGGGCGCACUAGCUCAGCCCCUGAAGGCGUGGGAGAGGCGGCUGGCCGGAAGCCUGGACAGCCCAGGGAAGCUGUGUCCCCAACCACUCCACGCAGCCGGAUCUCACCCACUGCAGCGCCUCCGGCCACCCCCUCAAGGCGCAGCUACAGCCGGCCAGCUCUGGGCAGGUGCCCACAGCCUGCCCCCACCCGGCCAGAAGAGGCCGAGGCCCAGGGCAGCUCUGAAGGAAUGGGGUUAGCGUCCUCAGACUGGGCAGAGAGAAGGGUUUGAGGGCACAGAGAGGAAGGAGGCUGGAGUGUCCAUGCACCCUAGACAGGACUGACCGAGUGGGCUGGAGACGGCCACUCCCCCAUCUCCUGGGGCCGCCUGAGAGCCCCCAGCCCCCAGCCUCUGGCCUGGGCCUCAAGGGCACAGCCCUGCCCACUCGCCGGCCUCUGGCACCCGAGCUAACCCAGAGCCUCGUGCAAGGUCUCCCUCCCAGCCCGCCCUUCACCUCCUGCUGUCCCCCAGGUCCUCCGCCCGCUUGACCGUUCUCGGGCCCUGUCCUGGGCCCUCCUGGCUCACAAGGUGUUGCCCACAGCAACCUGCCCACCAGGCCCUGUCCAGGCACCCAGGUUGUGAGGGUCAGAGGUGAGGGUGAGCUUUUGGAAUGGCUUCCCGAGGCUCUGCCUGAGCCCAGGGCUGGAGGCCACAUCCCACAGGGCCUGCCAGGCCUUCCCCUCCCCUUGCCCUGGGGCAUCUGGCCCCCUCCCCAGGAAGGAUGGGCGGGGUCUGGUGGGGGCCGCUGGGCCAGGGUGCUCCAGGGAGCAACCCGAUCAGAGCCUAUCACAGUGGGGUCUGUCCCAGGUGGGCAGGCCAGCGCCCCAGGGAGCAACCCGAUCAGAGCCUAGCACAGUGGGGCCUGUCCCAGGCGGGCAGGCCAGUGCCCCAGGGAGCAACCCGAUCAGAGCCUAUCACAGUGGGGUCUGUCCCAGGUGGGUAGGCUGGCGCCCCAGGGCGUCUCAGGGGCAUAAAGGCACGGUGGGAGAGGCCACCCCAACCCUCCUGUCCUGCUCCCGAGACCCGUGCCGUCGACGAGAGCCACCUUCCAGAAUGCUGCAGAUGCUGCUGAUCAGCGGGACACUCGCCCUGCUCACUGCAGCCCCAGGCCCGGCCCAGGUCCCCAUCCAGGCCGACUUCGAUGCCAGCCAGUUCCAGGGCCCCUGGUAUGUGGUUGGGGCGGUAUCGGACGACCAGGGCUUCCUGGAUGCCAAGGACAACAUGAAGAUGCCCGUGGUCUUGGUGACCUCCUUGGCCAACGGCGACCUGGGCAUCAAGUUUGGGUUUCCCACGCCCGAUGGCGGGUGCCAAGAGACGGACAGCACCUUCACCAAGGGGGCCGUGGACGGGCAGUUCAGCAAUGCGGGUGAGGCCAGCGCGUUGGGGGGCGGGGCCGGGCGGCGGGGCCGGCUCGCGGGACCGUGGGGACAGGCAGGGGGCGUCCGGGCCGGCGCCCAGCUCAGCAGGCUCCCGCCCCCUCCCCCAGCUAUGGCCCAGACCGACAUCAGGGUGGCUUUCACUGACUACAAGCACUUCGCCGUGAUGUACUUCGAGACCCAGAAGGGGGGCGUAAAGAACGUCUGGCUGCAGCUCUACGCCCGGGCCCCGGAGCUGUUUCCUGAAGGCGCCCAGAGGAUGCAGCAGCUGGCGCCGCAGCUGGGCCUGAACCCCAGCCAGGGAGUCCUGCUGCCCAAGUCGGACCAGUGCGCGGAGGUCCUGGCUUAGAUGAGCGCCGCCGGCCUGGACCACAGCCGCCCAGCGCCCGGCAGACCCAGGAGGCCCCACCCAUCCUGGAGUCCCCGCCCACCCUGGGACCCACGCCCACCCUGGGGCAGGGCGGGGCGGGCGAGGCGCGAGCCCCACCCCAGCGGGGCCCCAGCGCAGGAGCUGGAGCCGGGCGGUGGUCCCGGCGCCCGCGGCCCAGCCCUUGUCGAGGAGCGGCUGCCUCUCCACCCAGCCCCCAGCACAAUAAAGAGUCUCCUUAAGCCGG